AUGUCGCUGGACCAUAUCAUCCGCUUCGCGACCGAUGUCGUCGGGCUCGAGCGCAUACUUCGUUUCUGGCAGUCUGUGCUGAUGCUCACCGUCAGCAGCCCGACGCUGUUGGGAUGUCUCGUCGCCGUCCUCAGCCCGGCUCUGGGAACGGCAACGGCAACGGCAACAGACCCAGCAAAGUACGGUCUCGUUCUGGCGCAGUACCAACACGUCUUUGUCGGCCUGCGCGACCAGGUGAACAUUGUACGGCGUUACUUCCGCAUCUUCCGCACCGCCGAGAGCUUCCAGAUGGCACAUCGGCUGUUCGGCGAGCUGCUGCUGCUGCCAAACGUCGCCGUGGCAGUCAAGGGGCCUGAAAAGGAGGCGAGAGAAGCGACGGAAGACGGGGAAGCCAAAAAGACCGACGAGAAGUCAGGGAGUCACCAGGACCACAAAUGCCACAGCCACACGAACCGAAAGAGCCACGAGAGCCUCAGAAGCGUCCUUCCACCCUGGCUCAGCGCCUUUGGACGCGCCUUCCACGGCAUGCACCUCCUCCUCGAGCUUGUCACCCUGCCGGAUAACCUCAACAUCGACGGGCUGUCGGCCUGGGGGCCCGAGACUGCCGGUCGCCUCAUCAUCGAGUCGCAGCGCUUCUGGUUCCUGUCGCUGGCCUGCAACCUGGCGUCAGGGCUGCUGCGACUCAGCCGCCUGACCAAGGAGCUGCCGCUUUCCGAGGUGCCGAUCGAAGAGCCGGCUCAAGAGAGCCCGCUGCCGGUGGGCAGCGACAUGAUCGACGAUCCCGCCGCCCUGUCCGACGACAUCUCCAGAGAGCAGGCCCGUCUGCGCCGCAUCGCACGUGCCCAUCUCAACCAGCGCCGCGCCUGGCGCCGCCGCCUUCGGGCCCGUGCCGCCUUUAUCUUCCGCCACGCGCUUGCCGACGGUCUCGACAUCCUCUUGUCCGGAACCAACAUCGGCUGGCUCUCAUUGCAUCCGGCCACCGCCGGCGCGGUCAUGAUGACUACCUCACUGCUGACCGGCUGGGAUGCCUGGGAGAGAUGCGGAACAGAGGUGCUAAAGAAGAGCGGCUAA